AUGGUGUUGAGCAGCAUGCAAGAUCUUUCGGCAGAUAAUGUUUCAUUCACUACAUUCAAACUGAAUGGUUUCUAUUCUUUGGGAGAAUGGCGGCGCUUUCUAUUCAUCCCAUAUUUCUUUAUUCUUUUAUUGUCUACCACCUCCAACUGCAUUCUGAUAUAUUUAAUUAUGUCCCAGAGAGCUCUGCACUCUCCGAUGUUUGUAUUAAUUGGUGUAAUGGCCAUCGUGGAUGUAUUUAUUCCAAUGUUUUCUGUACCACACAUGCUGCUCAACUUUUUAUUUGACUGGAAUCAGAUUUCACUUGUUGGCUGUUUAAUACAAAUAUUUUGCAUUCACUUUUUUGGUUCAUAUCAAUCUACUCUUCUGCUGUGGAUGGCUCUGGAUCGGUUCUUUGCUAUAUGCAGACCUCUUUCUUAUCAUAGUUACAUGCAAAUGUCCAACUUUAUGAAGUUUAUUAUUGUUCCAGUAUUUAGAAAUAUCAUUUUAAAUGUUGCAGUGGUUUCUUUGGCUGGAAAGCUAAAUUUUUGUAUGAGAAAUGAGAUGGAUCACUGUUUUUGUGAACACAUGGGGUUGGUCCAGCUUGCAUGUGGAGAUACUUCUUUUAAUAACUUAUUUGGACUUGUAUCUGUUUUUGUAAUACUAGCUGCAGAUUUUGUUUUUAUUACUGUAUCUUAUGUAAUAAUAUUUGCUUCUGUAAUGAAAUCAGGGAAGUCCAGCAUGAAGGCCAUCAACACAUGUAUAACACACAUAAUCGUUAUGGCAUUUACUUUAAUAUUUGUUUUGACAGCUUUUUUGUCGUAUAGAAUUAGAAAUAAUUUUUCUGUGAACAGCCAUACUUUCAUAAGUACAAUGUACACACUUAUUCCAAGCUGUUUCAACCCAAUUAUUUAUGGAGUGAGAACAAAAGAAAUAAGGCAGCAGUUUUUAAAAUUCUUUUACAAUGUGAAAGUCUUACCACAUUAA